AUGAGCAUGCACCCGGCGCGACAAGCCUAUGUUGAAGAGGAGAAUGGCCCGGCUGACCCGAUGGAGGGCAUCGACCUUUCCAGUGUCCCACUCGACCGUAACCAUGCUAUGCCCGGUGGAGGAAACGCGUCGGCCCAUUCCCUUAUGGAGGACUUCGACCGCAAACGACGAGCAGCGCAGUUAAUCGUACCGACCGCCGACCGCGAUGUCAAAGCAAAGCUGCGAUCGCGAGGUGAGCCCAUCACCCUAUUCGGCGAGGGGCCCUCUGAGCGACGCGACCGACUCCGAGCUUUGCUUGCAGAGGCAGCAGAAGCACUAGGCGAAGAUGCGGCAGACGUGGACAUGCAAGAUGCGGAGGAAGCCCCAGGUGAUGAGCAGGAAGAGUUCUAUACCCAAGGCACGCAGGCGCUACUGGACGCGCGACGAAACAUGGCCAAAUACUCUUUACCCCGCGCAAAGGAGCGGGUCGCGUUCCAGCGUCGCGAAGCUACCAUUCCCCUCAAAACCCACGUCGAGUUCCGGAACAAGAUCAAAGACCGUCUCAAGGGGUUCGAGCUGUACGGGUCGCAAACUGCAGAUCGUCCAGUGAGCAUUGUGCGCGUCUCGCCCAACGGCAAGUAUGUCGCAUACGGUACCUGGGGUGGAAAGGUCGCGUUGUUGGAAAUUCCCAGCUUGGAGCAGAAGAAGGCAUAUCGUGGUGGACACACGGAGCGUGCUACUGGCAUAGACUGGAUGCCAGGCGCGACAUUACAAGGUAGUAACGUCUCAAGCUCAAGCGUAAACUUUGCAUCUGGCGGAGCAGGGGGCAAGAUUCAGCUUUGGUCGCUAGAUGACGACAAGCCCCUGCGCACCCUCGAAGGCCAUACCGACCGCGUCUGCAGAGUAGCAUUCCAUCCGUCGGGACAAUACCUGGCUUCCGCUUCCGACGACACGACAUGGCGACUCUGGGACGUCAACACCGGUCAAGAGCUUCUCAUGCAAGAGGGUCAUUCAAAGGAAGUCUAUACCGUGAGCUUCAGCGGUGAUGGGUCAUUGGUUGCAAGUGCUGGUCUUGACAGCAUCGGCCGCGUGUGGGAUGUGCGUACAGGUCGUGUCAUCUACAUGUUGGAGAGCCACAUCAAGCCCAUCUACGGUCUCGACUGGUCAACGGACGGCCAUCGCCUUCUGUCCGGUUCAGGUGACGGUUUCAUGAAGUGCUGGGACGUUCGAGCGAUGAGAGAAACAAACUCAAUUGCAGCCAACACAGGAGGUGUCACAGACCUUCGAUGGUUUAAGGGUACAGAUGGGCCAGCCAGCGAAGUGCCGCUACAGGAGAAUAGUGAAGGAGAAGUCAUACCAAAGAAAGCCUCUACGUUUGUCAUCUCGUCAGGCUUUGACAAGAACGUUCAGAUCUUCUCGGCAGAUGACUGGGCACACUGCAAGACACUUCAAGGUCACUCAGGUCCUGUUUUCAGUACCGACGUGACGAGUGACGCGUCUUGGAUCGUCAGUGGAGGCAAAGAUCGCACUGUCAAGUUGUGGGCCAGGGACGACAACGGAGGAAUAUGA